AGCCGGUAAAAGUAGAAAAGACACACAAAUGAUAGAUGAGGGAGUGCAGGCUAACUGUGAACCUGCUGUCAGGCCUGGCUCCAAGAGAAUUGAGGGCACGAAGGCAGAUGAAUUGGAACCAAAGAGAUUUUGUGAACAAAACGAAGAUGAUGUCGACACUGAUGAAGCGGUGGGGGACCGAAUCAAGGACGGUUUGUCGUCAUCCGCAUCACCGGUAUGUAGGUCGUCCAACGCAAAGACAAGCAUUACGGACGAAAUGAAUGCAGACGUAGAAAACAAGCUCACUUGCAGUGCACCACAGACAACCAACGUUGACCGGAAAAAGGAGGAAAGGCGCGAAGAGCAACAAUUUUUCCACAAAGAAAAUUGCGCGAGUGUGGACGCAAUUCAGAAAGCUGAAGACACAGUUGAUGAACAAAAGGACAACGACUUUGAGAAGAGCGAGAAAUCAACAAACAGCAACGUAAAUUAUGAGAAUCAGCUGAUACAGAGCAGUGACGAAAACAGAGAAAUAAAUGUAGAUCUACACGACACAACAAAAGGAGUAGUGUCCACUGCAAUCUCAGUAUUGACUGACGAACAUCUGAGUAAAAAUGAUGAACAACAGUCGACAUCAAAUGAAGCAGAACUGCGUGCGGACAUAGACCGAGUUGAAAUUACCGACUCUCAACUCAUCAUGUCCGUGUCAGAAGCAAGCGUUGUGGCCAAAUGUAUUCCAUUGCCAAACGAUAGUCUAGCUGAAACGACUUCUCUUAUCAAAGGUCUGAUCAACGAAUUGUCGUCACUCAACCGUUUCAUAUUGGACGUCAACAAAAAGAUGGAAGGAGCGCGACGGCAAAGGCAAGAGCUAAUGAGAAUCUCGAAGAGAAGGGGAAAUUCAACAACACAGAAAAAACUGUGACCUAGUAAAUUACGGCACAAAGACGUUGCUAGACCUGCGCUAUAGCCCUAGCUAGUAGCUACACAGCACAGACUUAGGUCACUAAAAUUUAAUACAAAACAAUAGCAUUAUUAGUAUAUAAACAGUAAAUCAAGAAUAUAUCUGAUGUUGCAUUUGGAAAGUUAA